AUGACAAGAGUCAAUCAAUUCAAAAAUUGCAUUUGUUUGUUUCUCAAAAUUUACGAAAGCUUCGUUUAUAAAUCUAAAAUAAAGUUAAAUAGGCAAUCAUAUUGAUUAUUCUUAAAGGCGGCUAAACCGCAUUCGCAAUGAGUGCCGCCAUCGCGAGGAAGGACGGAGGGCCGGGCUACGUGGGCAUCCAGUUCUGCCAAGAAUGCAACAACAUGUUGUAUCCUCGGGAAGACAAGAACAACAAAGUGCUCCUAUACGCGUGCAGAAACUGCGACUACAAGCAACUAGCUGACUCCAACUGCGUGUACGUUAACAAGAUUAUGCACGAAGUGGACGAACUGACGCAUAUCAACCCGGACGUGGUGAGCGAUCCGACUCUACCCCGGACCAAGGACCACGUCUGUCCCAAGUGCAACCACCGCGAGGCCGUCUUCUUCCAGGGCCAGACGCGCAGGGCCGAGGAGGAGAUGCGCCUGUACUACGUGUGCACGAGCUGCAAGCACCGCUGGACUGAGUGAAGGUGUGAUUUAGUGUUAGAGUUUAGGUUUAAGUACAAUAAAUGGGAUGAUGUGUUUAU